UUUCUCCCUAUAUAAAAACACCACCGGGAGUUUCCGUAAAAUCACAUUCAGCCAUCAAGACUGAACAAUGGUUAACAUGAGCUAUCACCAAUUUUUACUAAAAUAUCUACAGUCGAAUUCUAGACAAUCGAGAAGGCGAGCGAAUAGAAGAAAAAGGAUUUAUUGGGAUAAGCUGUCUCCAACAAAUUGUCAGACUUGAUUAACAGACUUCUAAGGUCCAGUUUAAACCGUGUGGCCGAGUAUCUGUGUGUUGAGACUGAUUGGCGAGAUGACUGCCGAGUGGCUACACCUGCCCCCGCCGUACCCCCCUGGAGUAGGGCCGUUGUAUGGUGCAGAGUUGGAGGCGUGGUAUGAGGACCUGCAGGAUAUUCUGGGCUCCGACACGGGAGGGGCAAAAAUGGCACGUGCCCCCACAUGCACCGAGAAGGAGCCAGAGUUUCUGGAUGUUCUUGAGAGUUGUUCUCUGACGUGGCUGACUGACGGAAACCAGACGUGGGCUGAAGGCGUCCAGAGGACAACAGAGGAGAGCCACACCAUUCAGCCUCUGCAUCACACUUCUUCAUCGUCGUCCUCUUCUUUGUCGUCCUCCUCAUCCUCCUGCAUGAGUCCAGCUGUUGCAGAGGAACGUCAGGUGGAGGCUGAGUCUGGGAGAAAUGCAGAUAGCUCAACAGGAGGCGGCAGCGACUUGCUGCCUCCGGAAUUCUUUGAAUUGCUGAGUGAAGGAGGCGUGGGAAUGGUGGAUCCGAGUGGAGCCGUGAUCAGCAGUGGCUAUUAUUAUCACCAACACCACCCUGCAAAUAAAGUCCAUCCUGCAUCUCCUUCAGCCAGUGAGGAGGAACUGCCCUGCGUGCCAGAUUCUCCAUCCUGUUCUUCUUCAGCUUCCCAGUCACCAUCUCAAAAUUGCUCUCCUCCCUCUUCACCUGUCUCCUCACCCUCAGGCUAUUCGUCCUCCCGUUUGGGAAAACGAAAGAGGACCACCAGCGAGAGGGCUAACAGUGCCUUGUCCUUCUCCAUGCAACGUUCAUCUUACUCCUCUACCAAAAAGAGCCGCAAAGAAAGAGAGCAAGAGAAUGAGCGAAAGGUGCAAGAGCUGACAGAGCAGAAUGAGCGUUUGAAAGCAGAGAUUGAAAGGCUAGGAGAAGAGGUCCAGAGGACACGGAGAGCUCUGAUUGAGAGGCUGGUCAACACCAGGAAAUGAGGACAAGAGAAAGGAAGAACAUGAAAGAAGAAUAAAAAAAAUAAAAAAAACGGGUCCUGUACAAUUAGAAAAAGCUAUGGUGGGGAAAGA